AUGAAUUAUCUUUUUAUAAUCACCUCUUUCAUAAUUAAUUCAAUUUUUGGGGAAUUAAUAUUGCUCACACAAGGAGACCAUUAUCAUGAGAUUUUCGAUAUUAAUAAACAUGAGUUUUUUACUGAUUGUGAUGAAAAACACAUUUAUAUCCAAGAACAUUAAGUUAAUGAGUAAGUAUAAUUGCUAGAAAAAAACUAAAUCGAACAAGUAUUUUUAUCCUUUAUUUUCUAGAUUCUAUAUUAUCCAAAUGAUCAAAAUACUAUUCUAAUCCUAGAAAAAAAUGGUAAAAUCACUAUUCUCUUUAAAGACAAUCAAUAAUUCAAUUCUCCAUUUAAAGAAUUGGGAACAUUUGAUUUAAACACUAAAAAUUUACCUGAUUUCACUUGUAGUGAUAUGACUCAAUAUUCACUUGAUAUUUUCAUGGCUGUCUGUAAGUCAGAUAAUAAUAUUUACAUCUCUAAAAUUUAAUGCUCUGCUGAAGAAAAUAAAUAUUUAUCUGGAUGUUCCUCAUAAUUAUUUUUAGAUACAGAUUAACUUAACAAUUGUGACAAUCUAAAUAUUAUUACUGAGAGUUCUUGGAGAGUAAAAGAUCCGGAGUAUUUUAGUAUUUAUUGUUCCUUUUAAGAGGAUUAUCAAAUUCCCAAAUAAUUAUUAAUUGCCAAAUUUAACAAUCAAGCCAAUUCUAUAUAAUUUGCUAAACUAUUAAGUCCUAUCAAUGAAAUUGAAAAAAUCUCAUUUUUUGACGAUAACACUCUUAUGAUAUUAGAUCAUCAAUCAGCUUUACAUGUUUUUAGAUUUACAUUUACAGAUGAUGGUGACAUCAUCUAUGAACAAUUAUUAUGGUAGCUCUUUUUACCAAAUGAAUUAUUUUAUGCACUUAGUUAUUCUCAUGAACAAUAUGCAAUUAGAUUUCCACCUUUAGGAAUUAUUGAAAAUGACAUUCAAUAUAGUAUUGUUAUUUUAAGUGAUCAUUUCAUCUAUGAACUUGCUUUACCUCAAUAAUCUAAUGAUUUCUUCUUUAAUACACUUCCAAUUAAUGAUAAAAUAAACAUUUAAAAUAUUCUUAAUGGUAAAUAGAUCAAAAAAGGUCAAAUUUAAUAUGAUGAAUAAUUCUAUUAUGUUUGUUUCACCUAUAUUUAAAAUUCUAUUGAAUGUUAUAGGAUAAGUCGACAUCAAUCCUAAACUGAAAAAUUAAUACUAUAAAACUAAUAUUAACAUCCAAUGCUAUUAACGUAUCCUGUUUCAUUUUCAACAAUUACAGGAUAAACUAAUAUUCUAAUUACUUAAUAGAUGAAUGAAACUAAAGCAGUUUUAACUUUAAUCAAAAAUGAAAUUGAAAGAUUAACUAUUGUAUCCACUUCAAACGAAGAAUUCCUUUGCUCAAUCGUAUAUAAAAACAUAAAAAAACAAAAUUUUACGCUUACGAUUUAUAACCAAGAAUUUGAAAACACAAAUGUUUUUUAAAUAGACCAUUUAUAAAAUUACAACUUCCCAAAUACAGAUUCCACAAUUCUUUAUUCUACCUUAAUAAGAGGACCUGCCAUUAUGUUAUAGCCUAAAAGUGAUAAAAAAAGUAUGAUAUAUUAAUAUACUAGAUUAGAUGUUGAAGUAAUCAGCCUCUAAGGCUUUGGAUAUGAAAUGUGGGAAGAUUUAUACUAAAAUUUUAUUUAGCAUUCUCGUAUCCCAAUAAAAUCAUUCUUAGACAAAGGAUUUAGAACUUUAUUUUUAUAAAUAGAUUAAGUGAAAAUGAUAAUAUAACAGGAAAUAACUAAUACCAAAUAUUUUACGUAGAAUAUUCAUUCUUUAAAUUGUUCAUCAGUAUAUCUUGUAGAGAAUAUUGUAAGUAUUUCGCCAUAUUAUAUAAUAUUUUAUUAAAAAACUACUUAUUACACAGUUUUGAAAAUAAAAAAGAUAGAUGAAAGUAUUCUAGAUUAUGAAUGUAUAAAUGUAGAGUAUCCACUCUAUGAUUAAUAGUAUGAAGUCUUUAUAGAUUUAGAUUUUAUUAAUUUAUUUUUCUCCACCAACAAUGCUAUUUAUUACACAGAUGUUUAUUUUAAAAAUGUAGUAAAAAUAGAAAUUGAUCGUAAAUUUAGAUAGUUGAAUUUUUAAUUUUUAAAAAACGAUAUUAUUAUUGGAAGUCAUUAAAAUAAAUUAUACUAGAUCUAAUUAUCAAAUCCUUAUUAAGCAAAUCUUAUUAAGACUACUAUCACAGAGAUUGAAUUGGGUUAAAUGAGUAAUAAUUUUAAAUUUUUUGUUUUGCAAUUAAAAAAACCAAUUCUUACAUUAGUAAUUGUAGAUGAUAGAAUAACACUUUAUACAAUAGAUAAUCUGUAUGAUAUUAAGUUUGAUUCUUUAUUACCUUAAUUCAAUAGUAUUAUAAAUGCUAAUGAUACUUAAAUUAAUUAUUAAAUGUUAAUAGUUCCAACUAACAAGUAGAAUGAAUUAUAUGUGUAUGAUUUAUCAAAGACUGGAUCAGAGAGGCUACAUGCAAUACACAAAUAUUAAAUUUAAUCUUAGCCAAUUACAAUUUGUUAUCCAAAAAUGCAGACUUUCCUCUACUGUUUGCAAUUUGCAAAUGCUGAUAUAAAUUGUUAUUUUAAUAAAAUACUUGAAUUUGAAUUGAUUGCUUCUGAUCCAACCAAUAUUGAUAAUCAAUUUUCAGUUGCAAUAAAUGCUUAAUCUGCAUUAAGCUAUAGUGUAUAAAGUAUUAAUAUUAUAUAUUUAUAGAAACCCUUACAAUUAAUGGAAGUUUUAGAUAUUAAGAUACUAUGAUAGAGAAGAGUUCAAAGAUGUUAGAUUAAAUUGAAAUUUACAAGUCUAAUUUUACGACAGAAUUGAAAAUAAUGGAUUAUUACUCAGGUCCUAUUUUUAAUUAUGAAUUGUAAAAUGCUUAAGAUUUCAAUAUUGAAAUGCUACCAUUUAUUUAGGAAUAAGAAGAUAAUUUAGUGAGAUUUAAAAUUGAUUAGACAAUCUUAGGAACUAGUGUAUCAAAUGAGUAUUUAAUCAUUUUGGGAGAUGAAAAUAUAGAUAUUAUAAAUAUUCCUCAAACUUAAUGUAUUAUAUAUAAUGAUUAUAAUAGAUCAUAAAUAAGUCAUUUAUAGCACUAUAGAUUAUGAAGAGAUAAAAAAUGUAUUUUUUGAUUAAGAUUAACCAACUGUUAAUAAUUGCACUAAAUCAUUUAUAAAUCCUUUAUCAAUAGCAGAAUUAUCAGCUAUACAUAUUAUAGCACUCUUUUGUUAAUCAAUGAUGGUUAGAAUUGAUGUUACUAAUUAAAUAAAUCAACUAAGUUUUACAAUAUUAUCUGAUAAUCAACCCAUUGAAAAAUAAUUUCUAGAAAAUUUCUUUUUUCUUAAUAUUAAUUUUAAAGACUUCUUAUACUAAAAUUAAAGCUCUUUUAUUUUAGAGGAUGUGAAGAUGAUUAAUUUUCCAAUUCAAUUUAAACCAAAAUAUAAAUUCAUUACAGUAACUGCUAUGGUAAAAGGAAAUAAAAGAUAUGAAGUAGAGGAUAGUGAAAGGGAUAAUUUAAUUUGUAUAUUUUAUGGAUACUUAGAUUAGAAUUAAAGUUCUCUUUUAAAUGGUUCCCUUUUGGAUGUGAUUGGAGCAUCUAAUUUUAAUAAAAAUACUUUAAUAGUCAAUAAUUUUUAGAUGUAUUGUAUUAAGGGUUGUGAAAUUCUAGAUGUGAAUAAUGUAUCGAUAGAAACUAUUAUAGAAUUAAUAUUUAAUGAUUAAUAUUCAUUUAAUUUAUAUAAACUUUAGAUAAGUUUUAUUUACACAAUGAAAAAAUAACCAUUAUAUAAAUUGAUAAAUAUAGAAAUUAUCAAUAUUAAAGAAUUAAGUAAGAAUUUAUUGUAUUAGUUAAGUGGGUAAUUUUGUCCACAACUAAAUCGAAUUCACUUAUAUCGAUACUGAAGUUCAAUUCCAGAAUGAAUCAGUCCAUACAAUUAAUGUCACUACAGAUUCCCUCAGUUUUGACUUAGUUUAAAUAUAAGAAAGAAUUGAGAUUGAAUAGAUUUUUAAGUAAUAAUUAAACUAAUUUAGAUAAUACACUUAAUGUUAAAGUCCUCCUGGAUCAUUGAAGGCAUCAUAUAAUGAAUAUUUUGCUAUUAGUUGUAGAAAUGAAUCUAGGAAUUAUUCUGAAUAAACACAGUUUGUUAAAUUGUUUUUAAGGGGACAAUAAGAAUAAAAUCAAUCAGUGAAAUCAGUUAUUCAAGCAGCAGAGAUUUAAGGGAAUCUUAGGUUGUUAGAUAUUUAAAAAGGUUAUUUGAAUGAACAUGUGCGAAUGUUAAUUUUAGAAUAAGACAAUAAUUAAUAAGAUUUUUAAUUAAGAUGGUUUUAUCUUAAUGAUCAAUUUACAUUGUUAGUAAUUAUAUAUUUAGAUAUUAAAAUAGGCUAAUUAGAACAGCACUCCAAAAAAUGUACUAAAUGUUUAAUUAUGUCCUAGCAAUUUAAAUGAAAUAUAAGGUUUGUGUAUGAAUAUUAAAAUUUCAAACAUUGGAUAUGAUCAUUACAUAACAACAGAAUGGUUAUUAUUUGUAUUUUUAAUUGGUUUGCCAUUGAUAAUUAGUUGUGCUUUUAUAAUAUAUUGCAUAAUUAAUUAUAAAGCAGAAAAACAAAAGCGAGUGGAAUCUUUUAGUAUAAACCUUGAACAAUAACUCAGAAAAUAGUCAUCAAACUUAUAAUCUAAAAUGGAAGAUACUAUCUAUUGA